GCCUAUUCGGUGAUCCGAGUAGGGGGUCGUUUAAAACACUCCCUGUUAACAUACGAUUGUAAACAUCCCGUCCUAUUGGCAAAAGAGUCAUAUUUCUCCAAGUUAUUAUGCGAAAGGUGGCACAAACUAACUUGUCAUUCGGGACCGCGAAUCAUGGCAGCUCUGAUUUCGCGGCAAUAUUGGGUAAUCGCGCUCAGGUCUGUGCUGCAUGGAGUAAUGUCACGUUGUACCGUGUGCGUGCGGCUGAAUGCGCAACCGGUGCAACCGUUAAUGGCUAACUUACCAGCCGCGCGAGUACAGCGGUGUAGGCCAUUCGCCCGUGUAGGUAUCGAUUUCGCCGGGCCGUUGCAAAUGCGAGAUCUCGGGCUCCGAAAAGCCUUCAUAUACAAAAUCUAUAUAGCCGUGUUUGUCUGUUUUGCUGUUAAGGCUGUACACCUGGAAGUAGUCUCCGACUUGUCUACCGAGGCGUUUUUGGCGGCUUUUGACCGUUUUGUCGCCCGAAGGGGCUUACCUAGCGAUAUAUAUUCGGACUGCGGCACAAAUUUCGUCGGGGCAAAUAAACAAUUGCACAACCUAAUAAAUAGCCCUGAGAAUCAAGUUGCUAUCGCAAAUUCGUGUUCUAUAGUUGAGUGGCAUUUCAACCCCCCGAGCGCUCCUCAUUUCGGGGGAUUGUGGGAGGCCGCCGUGCGGUCCACUAAGCGACUAUUGGUUCGAGUUAUCGGGAACCACGUUCUUACGUUCGAAGAAUUUACCACAGUAUUGACGCGCAUAGAGGCGGUACUUAAUUCUAGGCCGUUAACACCUGCGUCCACAGUUCCCCACGAUUUGGAAUGCAUAACGCCGGGACAUUUUUUGAUAGGCCAGCCUUUAAUAGCCGUUCCUCCGAGGUCUACCCCUGAUGCCAAACGUAAUGUCCGGGAUAGGUGGAAACUACUUGACCAAUGCCACCAGGCGUUUUGGAGACGAUGGUCGAACGAAUAUUUGACCACUCUUCAGGAGCGGUCUAAGUGGACCCAAAAUGCUCCUAAUUUAAACGUCAAUGAUAUGGUGGUAAUUAUUGAUAAUCACAGCCCCCCGCUGAUGUGGCGGCUAGGCCGGGUCAUGGAGGUAACCCCAGGGGCUGACGGCAUUGUCCGUGUUGCUCGUGUAUUAACUCAAGCUGGAGAAAUUGUCCGACCUGUGGUUAAAUUGGUAUUGUUACCCACUGAAUGAACAUUGUACUGCUCGGCCUGGUGUCAUCAGCACAUCGCGGUGAACUGCCAUGCUCCCCACCUUUCUUCCCUGGUAUGAGUCUAUUGCUACGA